AUGCCAGGAAAACACGUCCGCUUCUCUCGAACCAACACGGUUCACUCCCCUCCCACACCUGCAUUAUCCUUCAACGAACUCUCUCCCGCCUCUACAGCGGCGGUAUUAACGCCUCCCAACCCCUACCAAUCCCUUCCGGGUCCGUCGCCAUACAUCGUCUCUUACUCCAACUCCAACAAACGAGCCUUGGCACCAUAUCCCUCCAAGUCGCCGGCCCGGGUGCACAUCCAUCAGUACCUUGAAUUAUCAUCCGCUCCGGCCAUCAAUUAUGAUAUCAUGGAUCACCCAUCCUUUAUUCAUGAUCGUCACCACCAUCACAUCUCCAGCCGCGUUUUCGCGGAACCAGCUUCAACUCCUCCGCUCAGGAAACUGAGGAUCAUCUCUGAACAUUUGCCCUGGACUAUCGGUGUCGCCGCGUCCAAUGGCUCUUAUGUGACUUUUGGAGAUGUAAUGGACAGCCUGUACCGUGCACUGCAGAAGAACAUUACAUCUGCGGAGUUUAGCUCGCUCAGUUCACAUGAUGGGCGCAGAGCUACUCAGGCAUACGAGCAGCGAUACCGCAGGCACCGCAGCAACCAAGCAUACGAUCAGGAGAAACGCGGAGGGAUGAAGCGCGUUGAUUUCCUCAUGGGAAAGACGAAGUUCUGGGGAUUGGCUACGACAAGCCAUGGGUCAGACGUGUGGCGGCUCAGCGUUACAUGA